AUUUUACGCCGCACAUCUAUGCUCCCUACUCUAGUUCACAUUUUCAGAAUCUAUAUGAUCCUUAUUUUUAUCGCCAGAGAUAAGAUAACAAGUAAUAAAAAGAUUUUGAACGUAUGCAGAGGUGGAACCGACAUGGCUGGACUAGCAAUCUCGAUGACGAUAAUCGUUCUCGUGAAUUUAGAGUACGGGAAAGGAGAGAAGUUGUGGUGUUACCAAUGCAACACCAACUUGAGGAACAGGCACACGAGGGAAUGCAACGAUCCUUACCCAUCAUCCUAUUUCGAUUUAACUCUCUGCCCUCGAAACGAGUCGCAUCAUUGUUUGAAAAGCAUCAUCGAUUAUGGAGACGUGCUGGUGACGGUACGAGGUUGCGUGCCGUCACGAGAAAUCGAUGGAUACUGCCAACAAGCGGAACAUUUUCCAGGAUCCAGCAUUAAGUGCUCCUUUUGCAAUGACUACGCUUGCAACAGCCAAAAUUCCAAUCGUGUUUCGAACAAUUUAAUAUUGAUAAUUUUAACUUUGAUUCCUUCAAUAAUUCCAAUAAUAUACGUAUUUUAACUCUUCUUUUUCUUUUUUUUUUUUUUUUAUAAUAAAAUGGCUGAUUUUAUAUUUCAUAUUUUUAUAAAAUAACUAAUUAGAAAUGGAAUAAAAUUUAAAUUAACUUUUUAACUCGAAUGAAUAUUCUCACGAUUCUGAUUCUCAUCGAAUAUUUAGAAAUAUUUCUUUUAAAAUCGAAAUAU